UGAGCAGCAAGACAGUAGAGCUUAAUGGAAUAGAGAAAAGAAUAGAACAUGGGUAAAGACAACAGCGCCUUUAAGUCAAAGGAGCAGGAUCAGACACACAUUGAUAUGGACAAUCUUUGCAAAGUUGCAGAUGAUGCACCCGAAAAAAACACAGACCAACACAACAAAAGCAUGUUUAGCUUGCUAGAAAAGAAAAUGCAGGCAUUCGAGGGCUUUUUGGCAGACCACAGAGAACACAUCCGUUUGUCGAUUUAUCUGAUUCUAGCAGCAGGCUCUGUUGCCAUAGUGAUAGCAGCAUGCGUCCUGAACUUUCAGCGGGCUAUCGUGCUGCUGGUCAUCUCCUUGGUAACCGUGUUCUUCCUAACCUGGGAUUGGAUGAUGGAAUGCUAUGGCGACCGAGUGUGGGAGGAGCUCUAUCCUAUUAGAGACCUUCUGAGCAGAAACUGGUUUUGGAUGAAAUGGAUAAUACACUUUUUACUGUUGUUGGCCGUGGUGUGUUGGUUAGCACUGGACACAGCCAAGCAAGGGACCAGACAGCUUGUGUCUUUUUGUGGUAUUCUGCUCUUCGUCUCCUUAACGAUGCUGUUCUCCAAAUACCCUCUCAGGUGGUCAGGGCAAACUUUGUUAUGGGGGAUCGGGCUACAGUUUCUCAUCUGUCUGCUGAUGUUCAGGACUACAUUUGGCUUAAGUGGACUGCAGUGGCUUGGAAAACAAGUAGAGACUUUUGUGUCAUUCGCAGAUGUUGGAUCUGAGUUUGUGUUUGGUGCCAGUUACAGAGACCACUUAUUCGCCUUCCAGGUGCUGCCUAUUUUGGUUUUUUUAAGCACUGUCAUCUCCAUCCUCUACUACAUUGGCUUCAUGUCCUGGCUCAUUUGCAAGAUUGGAUUCAUAAUGCAGGUUACCAUGGGAACCUCUCCUCAAGAAUCAAUGGCUGCAGCUGGAAGCAUAUUCUUGGGACCGACAGAUUCCCCUCUCUUGAUCCGCCCAUAUAUCAGUGAGCUAACUCACUCUGAGAUCCAUGCUGUGAUGACAGGAGGUUUUGCCGGCAUCUCUGGUACCCUUUUUGGAGUCUUUAUCUCCUUUGGGAUUGACGCAGCACACUUGUUGACUUCAUCAGUGAUGUGCGCUCCAGCCUCACUGACCAUCGCCAAAUUGUUCUGGCCUGAAACGGAGACACCUAGUGGAACAGCCAAUCAUAACCUGAAAACGGCCCAAGGAGAGAUUACAAACAUCUGGGAAGCAGCAUCCCAUGGUGCAUCUUCUUCUGUGGGCUUAGUGGCCACCAUUGUCGUCAACCUCAUUGCCUUCAUGGCACUGUUGGCCUUUUUUGAUGCUACUCUCUCUUGGCUGGGUGGGAUGUUGGACUAUCCACAGCUCAGCUUCUCGCUCAUCUGCUCGUAUGUAUUCAUGCCUCUCUCCUUCAUGAUGGGUGUUUCCUGGGAGGACAGUUUCAUUGUUGCUGAGCUGAUUGGCAUAAGGAUGUUUCUCAAUGAGUUUCUUGCCUAUCAGAAGUUGGUGGAGUUAAUUAAGAGGCGGAAAGCAGGAGGAUCACAAUAUGUGGGCAACAUAAAGCAGUAUAUUUCUGUCCACUCUGAAACCAUUGCAACCUAUGUUUUAUGUUCUGGUGCCAACUUUGGUUCUCUGGGGAUGUCGAUUGGAGUACUGUCGGCCGUGGCUCCGGAGAGACAGAAUGACAUCUCCAGCUGUGGCAUCAGAGCUCUGAUAGCAGGCUGCAUCUCCAGUUUCAUGUCAGCUUGUAUUGCAGGUAUGUUAUACAUCCCUGAUCUUGAGUGUCCACAAUUCCUGGCCACACAGUUCAGCAACAUAAAUGUGACCAACAGCUCACAACUGGUCACCUGCUGCACACAGCUAUAUAACAGUGUGACGGUGUAUGAACCGUGGAACGUGACAAUCGAAGACGGAUUCAGUCAGAGCCAUCUGCAACACUGCUGCACACUCACUCCCCUGACACGUUUUAACUGCAGCUUGGUGCUUUGAAUGACUGUAAUAUAAUACAUUUUCAAUAAAGUUGUACCACCAAACAAUCAGCGAA